AUGGACAAAGUAAUACCAUUGGUUGAAAAAGCUAUAAAUGCUGAUACUCUAAAGGAUUAUAAAUUGUUGGAUGAGGAAUGGCUUGACCUGAAAAAUAAGGAACUAAACGAAAAUAGCAAAAAUUAUAAUUAUAAGUUUGAUUAUUUUGGGGUUUGGAAUACGCUUAGAACUCAUUUGGAAGAAGCAGAAAGAGUUGCCAAAGAAAAUAAAUAUGAUGAUUUAGUAAAUAAAAUAAAGGGCGAUAACGAUAUCACUAGCACAGAAAGAAACAAAAUACUAGAAAUAGGUUAUAUUGAUGAUUCUCCAGAACUAUACCUUUCUUCAUGGAGGAAGUUGUAUUAUUAUCAGUUAGUAAUGGAUAGAUUAAAAAGUCAAUUACCUUUUCAAUCUGCUAAAAGUGCCCCUGAUAGUUAUGUCAAACCUUUGGAUAUUGUUAGGGUGUGUGAAAGUGCAGGGGAAAACUUCACUAAUUUUGGUUCCUAUGGAGAAAGGAGUUACGGUGUAAUGGUUCGUUACCAUCCCAUUGUUGCUUACAAGCAUAGUGAUAAGAUAAUUGAACACAUAGCCAAAGUUAUGGGUGGUGAGUUUGAUAUACACAAAAACAACUGUGAAAGUUUUGCCAACAAAUGCGUGCACAAUUUAGAUGUCUCUGAACAUAUGAGUAGAAUGAACGGUAAAUGUGUCACAACAGUUGAACGCAAAGUAGUAGGCAAUAAAAUCUCAGAAAGAAUUACAACCUCUUGUGGAGGGGGAGUUUUUUUGUCGUGCCCUUCUGAUGCUUUUACCUCAACGGAAGAAUUUGACCGACUUUCUCGUAACUAUUAUAAAGAGAAUGAGAUAAAGGGUUACGUGCAAUCUUCUUCCCAUUUUGAGGGUAUCAAGUUAGAAGAAAGAAUAGAAGUUGCUCCUAAUGAUACUAAAUUAGAAUAUGAAAAGGAUACAAUUUUGGCAGCAAAAGGGGAACAUUUAAUUAUUGUUGAAGAUAAAAUGUAUGGUAAGAUUGAUUUCUCUGCUGAUGAAUGA